AAUGGUCAGCUAGAUCGAUAGUUUUAUGAGCUCUCACUUUCCGAGCAGAGUAGAUUUCACUAAGAAAAUAAGAUUAGAAACCCGAGGGUUGCUUGCCCGCGUAUGCAACCGAUGCACUGCGUGGGAAAAGGCUGGCAAACUGAGGAAAAUUAAAGCCCAUCCAACCUCAUCGAUUGCUAUAUUAAUUUCGAUUCAUGAAUAUUUGAUCGCAUGGCAUAUUAAUUGAGAUAUUCAGAGUCUUGCUCUGGCAACUGAGUUUAUUUUACUUCUCAGAGGGAAUUUAGGACCUUGACUCUCGUUUGCGUCCAUAAAAGAACAGUGUACGAACCCAACCCAAUACCCUUUUCUUCACUUGAUUCUUUCGUCGUUCUCUGUCGACUGCUUUCUUUCUGUUCUUUCCUCUCUAUUCCCAAUGGCUCCGAAAGAGAGAGUGCGAAAUCUCAUUUACAAUCUCAAAGACAAGGCCUCCAUAGUUGCGGCAACUCUAUCGCUCAAACGCCACGUGUCCUCUGUUCGCCUCCACGUCCUCCGUGCCACCAAUCACAGCAUCUCAUAUCCUCCGUCGGAAGACCGAAUCGCUGCCGUCCUCUCCGUCAGCCAAGGCUCACAUCUUUUGCCACGGGUCUGCAUAGACGCUCUCAUGGACCGACUUCACGAGACGCGGAAUGCCAUUGUUGCCCUGAAAUGCCUUUUCAUGUUACACACCAUAGUCAGGGGACCCCUCGCUCUGAGGGAUCAACUCUCCUAUUACCCUUCCUUUGGCGGACACAAUUUCCUCAAUCUAUCCAACUUUCGUGACGAUUCAGGGCCGGAAUCAUUGGAAUUAACAUCAUGGGUUCGAUGGUAUGCGGGCGUUUUGGAGCAGUCUUUAACAGUAUCGAGGGUUUUGGGUUAUCACCUGACAAGCGGCGACAACAAUAAUCAAAAGAAUGGGGUGCAGGAAAGAAAGCAUCUUCGGGGAUCAAACUCGGAUUUGUUGCGUGAAAUUGAAAGUCUUGUGGGAUUCGUGGAGCAGCUAACAAGAGUGCCCGAAUCGUUAUACCUUCAAAAGAAUGAGUUGGUAUAUGAAGCGGUGAGACUGGCGGGUGAAGAUUACAGAAGUGUGCAAUCCGAAAUAUUCUUGCGGGUUGAAGAAUUUGGAGAAAGAAUGGAAAUUUUGGAUGUGGGAGAGCUGAGUGGGUUGGUGGGUUAUUUGACAAGAAUAGAGGGUAGCAAAGAAAAGCUGGUACUUCUGUUCGUGAAUAGAAUAAGAAAUGAUGCGUUUUGGGAUUUGAUUAACCAGGCGAGAAGAAAGAUGCAGGCAAAGAAGGAGGAGAUGGAGGGAAAGUGGCUGACGGCGAGACCCAAGUCGAUCGGGUGGGCAAACCCGUUUCUGGAAGCGGACCAACGGAUAGCGAUUCCGCCUGGCGGAGGGUGGGUGCGUAAGAUCAGAAACGGCGUUCUUUAACGGCUCCAACGGUUGGAUAACAGUUUGUUUUUGGUUUCUGGGCCAUUACUGUUGGGGAGCAGUUGACAGGCAUGUUUCUUCGUUCUUUCAUCAUGGUUGAUAUUUCGACAUCCUUCCUUUUUUUUUUUUUUUGGGUGUAACGUUGUGUCAUCCAGUUCUCUUUUUUGGCCUCUCUUUUGAUGAUGAAGGGAACAUAGUCAAACAUAAUAGAAUGCACAAGAUGUAGGCCAGAGUGCUACACAGCUCGUUCAGUCGUUUCGUAAGUUUUGUCCCCAAGGGGAAGAGAAAGAAAAGAGAGAACACACAGAUCCAUCUGUGAGAGCAUCGGGUUUGCUUUGACUUUUAUUUUAUGUUUGUUGAUGGAUUUAUGGCGCUUUUCCACUUUCCAGAGACGGUUCCAUGUGCCGUGAUGGAGUAAGCUGAAUUAUUGGUCCCAGUACUGGUCCAUUAUGGGGGUCCCAAAAUUCUAUAUCUUUACCUACUUAUUAAUUGUUUUUUAGCCAAAGCCUAUAUGUAUGAUUGUUAACUAUUGCAUUUGCAUAAUAGAUUCUUUGAGAGCCAAUAACCCAUAAUCUAGUGGCACUGACUCCCUCUUUGGUAAGGUCAAAUAUUUAAACCUUUGUGUUGGGUUUUCGAGCAAGAUUUCCCAACGUUCCAAUGUAUUCUUUCCUUUUCUUUUUUCUGGCGUAUUGCUGUCCGUUGAAUGGAGUCGGCACCAAUUCCAUCCGGAUGCAUUGUAUAUGUAAAUUGUAUGCAUUCUGCAUUAUGCAAAGGAUAUGUCCUGCGAA